GUCUGUUUGGACGGAUAAAAAUGAAAUUUGGCCUGCGUCAAUAGUGUCCGCACUCGUCUUGUUCGCUGCUACUCGUACGUCUGGUAGGAGGAGAGGAAUAGAGCCCUCAACGUUAUCCUAAUAUCCUCCAUGGAGAUUCUAAAGUCGACCGCCAUUGCUCACCUUUGAGCUGUGUUACGUCUAUUGGAUAAAGAAUGGAAAGUGGGGCUGGAGUAAGAGAGGAGCAGAGCUCUGCUCCACCUAGGCCCACGAAAUUCGCGGUGUAUCAAAAUCCAGCUCUUUCCGCCGCCCUUACCUCCAAUAGCCUCCUCCCUUCCAAGUCAACAUUCCUGUUCUUCAUCUCUGUCUCUUUCGCCUCCGCAUUUGGCCUUUUCAGCAUCAUAUCUAGGGAAGGAGUUAUUGAUAUUUUGAAAGUUGGAUAUGCCCCUGCUCGUAAGUGAUGAUGCCUUUUUACCAAAGUGGUACAAAGCAUUGCUGGUUUUAUCUUAAUUGGAACUUUCAUUGCCCUUUUCAAGGCUAUUCUGCUAUGGAGUAAAAAGAAUGCAGUAGAAUGGAGGGUUACAUCACCGUCUAAAGGAUCAAAGGAACAGAUGCGGCUGACAAAUCGACAACUAGCACUUCUCGGAAUUAAACAAAAAGUUGAACAAGGCAAUGCAGAAUCUUCAAAGAAACCUCCUAUGUCCAAAACAGUCUCUCCAUUAGAUGCCCUUGUCCCACUUCAUCAGCCAAUCUCAAGUGCAAGUCGUUCAGCUAGGCUGAGUAGUGAGAAAUCAAGUCCUGGUAGUGGAUCUAAAAUACAUACUUUUGGUACCCCAUCAAAGUCUCCUGCUUCUCAAUCUCUGAGUGUAGGCCCUACAUCCUCACAAUCUCCUUCCCUGCAGACUUCACCGUGGUCAAACACACGAACUUCUUUUCACAAAGAGAUGAUGACAGAAGAAGCAUUUGAGAAGUUUUUGGCUGAUGUGGAUGACAAAAUUUCUGAAUCAGCAAGUAAACUAUCCACUCCUUCGCCUACCAUAAGUAGUUUUGGUGUAGUCAGUCCUAGUAACAUACCCACUUCAGCCAAUGCUUCUGGAACUCCGAGAAGUACUCCUUUAAGGCCAGUUAGGAUGUCCCCUGGAUCACAAAAGUUCACUACUCCUCCAAAAAAAGGGGAGAAUGAUCUACCUCUUCCUAUGUCAAUGGAGGAAUCUGUUGAAGCCUUUGAACAUCUUGGUAUAUAUCCGCAAAUUGAACUAUGGCGUGACCAUCUUAGGCAGUGGUUUUCAAAAAUGUUGCUCAACCCCUUGCUUGACAAAAUUGAUACCAGUCACUUUAAGGUCAUGCAAGCAGCUGCUAAAUUAGGAAUUACCAUCACUGUCAGUCAGUUGGGAAGUGAAACCUCAGGUACUGGAAGUACUACUGCCUCCGCAUCUGCAAUGAGUAAUGAGUGGCAAUCCUCAUUUACCCUUGACGAGGAUGGUCUUCUUCAUCAACUGCGUGCCAAUCUUGUUCAAACUCUUGAUUCUUACAUGUUAAAGUUGAGUUCUGGCAAUUUGCAACAAUCCCCAGAGCAGACCACCUUGAUCCCUGCUGUGCAAGAGUGCAUCAAUGCUAUAACUGAGCACCAGAGGCUUCUUACUUUGAUGAAAGGAGAAUGGGGAAAGGGUCUGCUAACACAAAGUACUGUGCGUGCAGGUUAUACAGUACGUAGAAUUCGAGAUCUUGCUGAAGGGUCGUGUGUGAAGAAGUACGAGUAUCUGGGAGAGAUAUAUGACAAUUCAAAGAAGUGGACGAGUGACGUUCCUACAGAUUCACACCUUCUCCUAUAUCUCUUCUGUGCUUUCUUGGAACACCCAAAAUGGAUGCUGCAUGUUGAUCCUACCUCAUAUGCCGGGUCUCAAUCAAGCAAGAACCCCUUGUUUGUGGGUAUUCUUCCUCCUAAAGAACGGUUUCCAGAAAAGUAUAUAGCUGUUGUUUCGGGUGUACCCUCUGUGCUCCAUAUAGGAGCUUGUGUUUUGGCUGUUGGGAAACAACGCCCCCCUGUUUUUGCACUCUUUUGGGACAAGAAGCCUCAGUUCUCUUUACAGGGGAGAACAGCAGUAUGGGACUCGAUAUUGAUUCUAUGCUAUAGGAUAAAGGUUGGGUAUGGAGGGGUAGUGCGAGGCUUGCACCUUGGUUCAUCAGCCCUGGACAUUCUUGCCAUUCUUGAUGCGAAACCAGAAGAUUGACAAACUGCAAGGUGCUGCACAUGUUAAUAGGGAAAGUCAAAAUCCCUUCUAGCUUCAGAAGUCAUUUUUUGGAAUAGUUUAAGGCGAAUUUCAAAAUGCCCAACGGUUUUGAUUUAGUAAAAAAUGUCAUGUAACAAGCAUACUUUAGAAGGUGCAAACUUGUGCUGCCUAGUGUUAUGUGAUAGCAGUAUAUUUUAGCGAGGCACGCAAAAUUGAUCUCAUUUCGAAUCGCUUUUAGUGACACUGUAUUUAAUUAUUGGAAGACUUGCAUUUGAAUGAUGAUGACUUGUUUCCAUCUGGAAAGGCAAAUGA